GAUAGAGAAGACAAUGAUAGAGCGGAAGUUGAGGUCUUCUCUAUAGGGAACUGUAACACCCCUGAGGACAGUAAGAUCUCAGUGUGUGUCUCACAGUCCCCACAAAGGGCCCCCUAUAAGGGAAGUGGAGGGGGAAGGGAUUGGACAUGGGAAGCCCCUCAAAGGGCCCAUAAGGAGGUGAAGAGGCAGGGGAAGGGAGGAGGACGGGGAGGAAGGAGUGAGAGGGGAGGUGUAAAGAGUGGGAGGGAAGGAGGAAGGGUUGUGAGGGAGACUGACAGGCAGGAAUACACUGGCCACAUAGUGUCUGAGAUGAAGGUAUACAUGAGUAGCAGCAGCAGCUCAGAGACACAGGACUGCAGAGAGGCUGCCGUCAGGCCCAGACCACCAAGGCCCAGGCCCAGGCCUAGAUCCGGGCCCUGCCCCAGCACCCCACACCCUCACCAGACACAAUCCCACACUCAGCAGGCCAAGGCCCGCCCGAAACAAGCCUACCAGACCCACACCUACCUGACAGAGGUCCAUACCCUCCCAAAACAGGCCUACCAGACCCACACCUACCUGACAGAGGUCGAUCCCCUCCCGAAACAGGUCCAGAACAACCAGCUACAGGCCCAGAGCGACGUCCGACAACACCAGCAGACACAGAACUGUAGAGAAAGUGCUAUCAGGCCUACACACAGAUCUAGCCCCAACACACCACACCCUCAACCCCCCCAGACCCCGGCCCAAAUGCAGCACAUCCAGGCCCACCAAAUCCAGGCCCAGUAUAGACAGGCCCCGCCGACACAGGCCCAGAUGCAUAAGAGACAAGCACCCACCCACCCGACACAUGCCCAGACCAACAAGAGACAAGCACCCGCCCACCCAACACAGGCCCAGACCAAGCAGCACCACAAAGAGAGUCCCGUCAGUCCCAGCCACAGCCCUAGGCCCACCUCUGACAGCCCUAGGCCCAUCUCUGACAGCCCUAGGCCCAUCUCUGACAGCCCUAGGCCCAUCUCUGACAGCCCUAGGCCCAUCUCUGACAGCCCUAGGCCCACCUCUGACAACCCUAGGCCCACCUCUGACAGUCCUAGACCCACCUCUGACAGCCCUAGGCCCAUCUCUGACAGCCCUAGGCCCACCUCUGACGGCCCUAGGCCCAUCUCUAACAGCCCUAGGCCCACCUCUGACAGCCCUUGGCCCAUCUUUGACAGCCCUAGGCCCACCUCUGACAGCCCUAGGCCCACCUCUGACAGCCCUAGGCCCAUCUCUGACAGCCCUAGGCCCACCUCUGACAACCAUAGGCCCACCUCUGACAGUCCUAGGCCCACCUCUGACAGUCCUAGGCCCAUCUCUGACAACCCUAGGCCCAUCUCUGACAACCCUAGGCCUGCCCCACCUCCCAGCCACAAUGCCCAGACACAGGAACACACUCCCAACACCCGACAGACCGAGCAGCAUUGCAGAGAGACCACCACCAGUUGGAGCGCCAAGCCUCCGUCUCCUCUCCUCCAGGAGAGCCACCAGACCCAGACCUAUCAGCCUCGCAAAGACAGCACCACCAGCCCCAGCCCAAGGCCCACUUCUGACUCCUCAUCCAGCCUGGACAAACAUCCCAGGGCUGUAAAACUAUCAACAUCACCAGCUCCACCAUCUUCACACCACAACACAGAGCCACAGAGGGAGUACCCCGAGGAGAGACAGACACGGACACAGACACACAAACAGAUGCCCCACAACAUCGCAGAGCAGCGGCCUGGCAGGCCCCACUGUCCAGAGCCCCGGGCCCUACAGGAGGACAGUAACAACACACCUCAGCCUGAACCAACACAGAACAACGCCUCGUUCCCCAGCUUCGUGGAUGUCCCAGGUCCGUGUGAGCCCGAGGACCUGAUUGAUGGCAUCAUCUUUGCUGCUAACUACCUGGGUUCCACACAGCUGCUGUCUAACAAGAACCCAUCUAAAGGAACACGCAUGGCCCAGGCGCAGGAGGCUGUCAGCCAGGUCAAGAGCCAAGAUGGAGACUCUCAGACGGUGACAGAAGUGGACCUCUUCAUCUCCACCAAGGCUGUCAAAGUGCUGAAUGCCGACUCCCAGGAGACGCUGAUGGACAGAACAUCCUCGCAGGACUGUAGUGAAGCUGAUCUCUCCUGCUCAGAGGGACCGAGACGGUACAGAAUGAUCUGCUACGUCUUCGAGUCAGAGGACGCCCAGCUCAUUGCCCAGUCCAUCGGCCAGGCGUUCAGCGUUGCCUACAGGGAGUUCCUCCGUGCCAACGGGAUCAACCCUAAGGACCUGAGUCAGAAGCAAUACAGUGACAUCAUCAAUUCCCAGGAAAUGUACAAUGACGACCUGGUCCAUUUCUCAAACUCUGACAACUGUAAAGAGCUGGAGUUGGAGAAGCAGAAGGGAGAGAGCCUAGGUGUGGUGAUAGUGGAGUCUGGCUGGGGCUCCAUCCUGCCAACAGUUAUCCUAGCUAACAUGUUGAACAGCGGCCCGGCUGCCCGCUCUGGGAAACUCAGCGUCGGGGACCAGAUCAUGUCCAUUAACAACACCAGCCUGGUGGGCCUGCCGUUAGCUACCUGCCAAGGCAUCAUCAAGGGUCUGAAGAGCCAGGUGCAGGUGAAGCUGAGCAUCGUGAGUUGUCCUCCUGUCACCACCGUCCUCAUCAAGAGACCCGACCUCAAGUUCCAGCUGGGCUUUAGUGUUCAGAACGGCAUCAUCUGCAGUCUGAUGCGUGGAGGUAUCGCGGAGCGAGGAGGGGUGCGAGUCGGCCACAGGAUCAUUGAGAUCAAUGGGCAAAGUGUGGUUGCCAUGCCGCAUGAGAAGAUAGUCCAGACCCUGUCUGUGUCAGUGGGAGAGAUCAACAUGAAGACCAUGCCUGCAGUGAUGUUCAGACUGUUAACAGGGCAGGAGAUUCCCGUCUACAUUUAGACUCUCCACGUCAGAGUUCUAAAUUGCACCCUAUUCCCUAUGUAGUGCACUACUUUAGACCAGGACCCAUAGGGUUCCGGUCAAAAGUAGUGCACAAUGUAGGGAAUAGGGUGCAAUUUAUUACGCACGCCUUAUUUGCAUCUCUUUCUGUGUACUCGCUCACUGCUUCUGCAUGUCUAGGAGAAGUUGAACAGACGGGGUGGUCGACAGGCAGUGGAGCCAUUAAAAUGAGCCUGUCCUCCGAUUUACAGUGACACCAGCCUCCACUGGUGCCAGGGUGAUACAUUAGGAAGGUGUAUUUUUUCUGUCACGUUAUUUUCCUGUUACUCUACUGACAGGGAUUAGCCCAUUCUCAAUUUAAGGCUUCUUUCAAAUUCAUUGAAGAGCUACACAGUCAUAAUGGGUUGAAAUGUACAUAACAUAAGCUGUCCGUGUGUGUGUGUGUGUGUGUGUGUGUGU